UCUGAGCAUUAUCAUUCCUUUGUACAUGAUAUUCUUGAUCUUGAAAGUGUAUUUGUACUGUAUCUCUUGCAGAAAGGAUAGACAAAGGAAACCUCAUAUAUAUAUAUAUAUAUAUGGACAUAGUCCCUCAAGGUGUCAAUUAAGCAUAGCUGAAAGUACUCAAUUAUCAGAAAGGUUGCAAAUGCAUCUUCUGCAGAAACUACUGCUUUCUUUCACCAUCUAUACAAGCCAGUUCUUUCUUGUUUGUUCGGCGCCGGGACAUGCUAAAACCACAGGCAGUCAUACAAGCAAAAGAAAUGAGUUAAACGGCAUUGAUAAGUUGAGUCCGAGACUGAUGUUUGAGAUUGCACUUCAUGGAAUCCUCCUUUGGGUUUCAAUGGGGUUACUCAUGCCUGUUGGAGUACUUGUCAUCCGAAUGUCACACAGAGAAGAAUGUGGAAAAAGGCUCAAGAUUCUUUUCUAUAUUCAUUCUAUUUCACAGAUGCUUUCAGUAUUACUGGCUACAGCAGGAGCAGUAAUGUAUAAAAACUUCAACAAUGCCUUCGAUAAUCAUCAUCAAAGAAUAGGGGCAGCACUUUAUGGCAUCAUUUGGUUGCAAGCCAUUAUUGGAUUUCUACGCCCAGAAAGGGGAUCAAAAGCAAGGGGUGCGUGGUUCUUUUUGCAUUGGAUACUAGGAACCGCAAUAUGUCUUUUAGGGGUCAUCAACAUGUACACAGGAUUACAAGCCUACCAUCAAAAGACAUCCAAAAGCAUAAGACUUUGGACUAUCUUUUUCACUGCUGAGGUAUCUUUGAUUAUCUUCCUUUACCUUUUGCAAGACAAAUUGGGGUAUAUGCAAAAGCAGGGAGUCAUUUUGGGCAUGGAACCAGGAGCAAGCAUCACUCACCGAGUUAGCUCUCUACAAAACAAACAUACGGAAUCUACCAUCGAAUCUUGCCGAUCAAAUCGAGAUAAUGAUAUAAAUGGCCACUGAACUUUACAUUUAGGUUAGUUGUGGUCAUAAAAUUUUAAUUUUUUUCUAUUUCAAUCAUUUAAUUUAAUUAUAUUUCAAUUUAGUCGCUUUUGCAAGUGAAAGAAUGACAUGACGUUAAAAUAUCCAGAGAAGAAAAAAAAACUAAU